AUGUCUGCCUCGGUCCUUGACUACACCACAGCCCUCGAGGUGCUGAAGGAGUACAAGCAGAAGGAUGGUCUCGACAUCCACGAGCUUAUGGACACAACCAAGCACGGCGGUCUUACCUAUAAUGACUUCCUGCUUCUGCCCGGCUACAUUGGCUUCGCUGCCUCUGAGGUCACCCUCGAUGCGCCCAUCACUAAGCGCAUUACUCUCAAGACCCCCUUCGUCUCGUCUCCCAUGGACACUGUCACGGAGCACGAGAUGGCUAUCCACAUGGCUCUCCAGGGUGGUCUUGGUGUUAUUCAUCACAACUGCUCUCCUGAGGCCCAGGCCGAUAUGGUCCGCAAGGUCAAGCGAUACGAGAACGGGUUCAUCCUCGACCCUAUCGUCAUUGAUCGCAACACCACUGUUGGUGAGGCUAAAGCUCUGAAGGAGAAGUGGGGUUUCGGUGGUUUCCCAGUCACUGCCGAUGGCAAGCUUGGUUCCAAGCUGCUUGGUAUUGUUACCAACCGAGACCUACAGUUCGAGGAGGAUCUUGACCAGCCUGUCUCCAAUGUCAUGGUUACUGACCUUGUCACUGCUCCCGAGCACGUCACUCUCCUCGAAGCCAACAAAAGUCUUUCCAAAUCCAAGAAGGGCAAGCUGCCCAUUGUCGACAAGGAUUUCAACCUGGUCUCUAUGAUCUCUCGCUCCGAUUUGACCAAGAACCAGCACUUCCCCAAUGCCUCCAAGCUUCCCGACAGCAAACAGCUCCUUUGCGCUGCUGCCAUUGGUACUCGCCCCGAGGACAAGCUUCGCCUCAAGAAGCUGGUUGACGCUGGUCUUGACAUCGUUAUCCUUGACAGCUCUCAGGGUAACAGCAUGUACCAGAUUGAGAUGAUCAAGUGGGUGAAGAGUGAGUUCCCUGGUGUCGAUGUCAUUGGCGGAAACGUCGUGACUCGAGAGCAGGCUGCGUCUCUGAUCGCUGCUGGUGUCGACGGUCUCCGAAUCGGUAUGGGCAGUGGCUCCGCCUGUAUUACACAGGAGGUUAUGGCUGUCGGCCGUCCUCAAGCCGCCGCUGUCUACAGCGUCAGCCGCUUCGCUGCCCGCUUCGGUGUUCCGUGUAUCGCCGAUGGUGGUAUCCAGAACGUUGGCCACAUCGUCAAGGGCCUUGCUCUGGGUGCUUCUACCAUCAUGAUGGGUGGUCUCUUGGCUGGUACCACUGAGUCUCCCGGUACUUCUUUCGUCUCCCGCGAGGGUAAGCUCGUCAAGGCUUACCGAGGUAUGGGAAGUAUCGAUGCUAUGCAGGACAAGAAGGCCGGUAACGGUGGUAAGGACAGCCAGAAGAGCAAUGCUGGUACUGCCCGUUACUUUUCUGAGGGUGAUAGCGUCCUGGUUGCUCAGGGUGUCUCUGGCGCUGUUGCUCACCGAGGUUCGAUCAACAAGUUUGUCCCCUAUCUUGCUGCUGGACUCAAGCACUCUCUCCAGGACAGUGGUAUGACCAGCCUUAAGACUAUGCACGAGAGUGCCGAGGCCGGUGAGCUGCGCUUCGAGCUUCGAACAGCCAGUGCCCAGUUGGAGGGCAACGUCAACAUGGAGUCAUAUGAGAAGAAGCUUUAUGCGUAA